AUGUCAACCACAACUCCUUACCAGGACGCUCAGAAGGCCUUCUUGACCAACCUGACGACAGAAGACCAGGUGGAAAUCGGCAUUUCAGUGCUCACGUCAGCUCAAGACGUGAUCACCACUUUGGAACAUCUUGUAAAUAAACGAAGUCGUAAGGGCGGACUGCUGCGUUAUGUGGACAUCUUCAAAGAGCUCAACGACCGACUUGUGCCGUAUUUCGACGCCCUCAACACAAUCGCGACCACUAACAAUCUCGCGGCAUGGAUCUAUGGAGCUUUUCGCCUCGUCAUUCAGAUGGCAAGUGCGUUUCCCACGUUUCUCGACAAGUUCAUGUCGAUUGUUCAGUACCUGAGCAACGUGUUCCCUCAAUACGAAGCCAUUUUAAAGGUACUCAAUGGAGAGUAUGAACCUCGACUACGCCGCCACUUUGAGCUUGUGUAUACGGACCUGCUAGAGCUCUUUCAAGCUGCAGCUAAGGUGUUCAUGGCAUCAGAUGGAAAAAUCAAACGCCCCGUGACUCUCAUCACGAAUGCCAUUUGGCGGCCAUCUAACUCUCGCUUCAGCCAGUUGCUAGACAGGAUGAAGAGCCAUCAGACGUUCAUCAUGAAUGAGGUCAAGAUAUUCAUGGUAGUACAGUCCAAAGACAAUGCCAAGUCCAGUGACCAUCGGUCUUCGCUCAUCAGAGAUAGUCUUGAAAGGUUACAAGUACUAUCAGAGGACAUGCAGUCGACAAUUCAUGAACAGUCAAAAGCAAGUGUCGUGCGUCGUCUCUUGGAGUGGCUAGACCCACCACCAUAUGCUCAAGCACUGGAAGACUCGCAGGAUAAGCGAGGCGAGAACACAUCUCAGUGGGUAUUUGAAGAGCCCACUUUCAAAAGGUGGCUGGCAUGUGAGGGCACUGCCACUGCCCAUGUCACUAGCAAGGAGCGAGAGAUGACUCCUCAGGUGCUAUGGAUUCAUGGUAACCCUGGCUGCGGAAAAACAGUCCUGGCCUCAGCUAUAGUCGAUUAUUUGAAAGGGCACCAAGAGUUUCAGACCCCAUCCAACCUCGUCACAUACUUCUUCUUCAAGUAUGGUGAUAGACUGUGCUCGAGUCUCAGCGCAGCAUAUAGAUCUGUCCUUGCACAGUUUCUCCACCAAAAUCAACAUAACACGAACAUCUUGGACCGAUUCCUCUUCGCGCAGUAUGAGCCGUCCUUGGCUUCGGGCCAGCGCGUCGCCACCGAGAAUGAUCUGAAGGACCUACUACGCAUAUUGGCAACAGGAAAUGGUCCGCUAUAUAUCAUCAUUGACGGACUGGAUGAAGCGUCCGAUUCAAAAAAGGCACUCGGGCUUUUGGAAGACUUGGUCACAUGGGGGUGGGUAAAGCUUAUCUGUCUCAGCCGAACCAACAUCAUCGAUCUGUUGUGUCGGGUUCCUGAAAGCAACCGCAUUGCCAUCCGGCGAGAAUCGACUAGUCCUGACAUCCGCAUGGUUCUGACGCGGCAGCUUACCGAGAUGUACAAGCAGCGGAAGCUUCCGGCCGACUCGGACGUCUCCGACCUGGUCGAGUCUCUCGUCCUGGGGGCCGAUGGAAUGUUCCUGUGGGCUGCACUCAUGGCAGGAUUCCUCAACUCGCCGGCUUUGACGCCCAACCGUCGUAUUAAGACGAUUCAGGGUGUCCGGUUUCCAGAAGGUCUCGACACCAUGUAUGACAGAAUAGUAAAGCUUAUCAGUCACUCAGCGAGUCCCGAGCGAUCGCUUGCGCGCCGAAUACUGUUGUGGGUUCGAUAUUCACGAGGAGCCUGCUGGGCUCAGAUGCUUGAAACCUGCGUGAAGGACCCGGAGGACGAAGAUGAGUUCGAUGAAUUCCCCGCCGUUGCGGUGUCUGUAUGCUGCGGCUUGGUUGAGUCCGUUCUAGGUGCCUUCCGCUUCAGUCAUCUUACUGUCAAGGAGUUUCUCGACAGCAACCCAUGGUCUCGGCUCAACCUGGAUUCGCCAUUGCUACCACCGUGGCAUAUCGCACAGAUUGAUAUUGUCCAAAGAUGCCUCGAGUAUCUCUGUUGGGCAGCACCAGACAUUGCCCCAACCCGCAAGUUACAGGAUGAUCGUCUUUGGGAGCGAACAUUCGAGGCGUAUGCUGCCAGGAAUUGGACGAAGCAUCUCACCGAGAUCAGUGCAUCGCAGCUCUCCAUGCUGUAUGGUUCUGAUUCCACGAAAAUUGCUCUGGACACCAUGCAGACAUUCAGCAAUACCGGUCUAGCAGUGGCAUAUUGGAUAGAAUGCCUCCAUAGGGCACCCUUCACCCAUCAAGGAACUCUUUUGCCAGCUGCAAGAGAGUGGACGCGAGAAGCGGAGAUUCACAUAAAUUCUGACAAGUCCAUGCAUUCCGUCAAACCCAUCAUUCGAGGGCUCUAUGGGCUAUUUGACCAGCUCAUCAGUCUUGAGACCGACUGGGAGAGAAAAUUGAAUCAAGAUCCUUCACUGAUCUGGGAUGACAUACUGGUCUUUCAAAAGAAAGGAGUUUUGUCACAGAUCGAGCAACCAUAUCGAGGGUCGACAAAACUUGUCACACUGGAGCCGAGUGCAGCACGGGAUACUGUGAGGCCCAACCUUCACCAUAUCUGUACUGUAAGUGCCGCGUCAAGGGACGGAUCAAUAAUUGGGGUUCUCAGCGCCUAUUGCUCGAUAGACUUCAAAGAAAGGUUUUCCCUUCAGAAUGAAGGGCCCGAUCCUUCAGUCACGAGACAGUUUGAAGGCCCCUACAACUUGCGCUCCUCUUUCCUUCAAUGGCGGCCAACGGGAUAUCUGUGUCCCCAAGCAGAAAGAUUCAGUGUCGGGUGGGCUGUGAUUUAUGAAUGGUGGGAUGCUGAAAACAAAACCCGUCUAGCAAGCCACCACAUUGACUUGCCCGAGAAAGAGGUGGCUGCAUUGCUUCGCCAGUCGUUCCGCUGCCGCAAGCAACGACACAACUCAAGCUUUCACAUGAGUUUUCCCAUGGCCAUCAGCCCGGACUGCCUCAGUCUCUCCAUCCUCAGAACGGUCUACAGCUUCCAGAUCUCACCAUCCAGGGGCCCUUUGCAAUGCAUCCCCGCUGUCCUCGACCUCAACUUCCUGAGGCACUAUGAAGAACACUGGACUUCAAAGCCGUCCAAUGACCAGGAUUGCCAAGCCGGCGGGAGCGAAGAAUGGGACUCAGCGCCGUUGGAAGAUACUUACAUUUAUUCCAUAGUGUUCAGCCCAAAUGGCAUAUACUUGUCAUUCAUCGACCACAGGAAACCUGCGCUAGCUAGGGACAUGCUGUUGGCACAUUUGGCUAUAUUCAGCGUCUCAAAUUAUCCGGAGAUCAGCGUCCUGAAAUGGACCACCAUGGUUACCUUGGGCACCAAUAGAAUGGAAAGCGAGGCUUUUCAUCCCAGCCAACCUCUGAUUGCAUACCUGGGGAGCCGCAAAGUCUGGCUUUGGAAUUUUCAGACAGCUGCCAGACCCGUCCACGUGCCCAUGGACUACGACGAAUGUUCAGAGGACGGAGUGUCCGGGUUAUGCGUAAUACAUAAAUGCAACAUAGCGAACUGUGUUUACAAGUCUCUCAGCUUCUCCGCAUGCGGUCGCUACAUCAUUGCGAGGACACCAACGUUUUCUGCAGUCUCUGAUGUAUCGCUGUUUUGGAACACCGAUAAUCCAGGAAAGCAUCUUGGUCAAAGCAGAGCAAAUCAUGCCACGCAAUUGGAGCAAACAGACACAAGUGGCCUGCAGAGAAUGAAUGACCAACUAGGACUGGUUGGCUCAACUCUACGACCCGGCGAGCUAAUCAACCAGUCGCCAAUUGUAACAAACGAGAAUGGUGACACAGGGCUCCUCACAAUUUCUUCCGCCAACCAAAAUAUCACAGUGGAUCUGUCGAGGGGGCCGCUGUCCCGGCCGGAACGGUCUUUGCAGCUCCUCACGAUACCUGCUUCUUUUGACACGCGCGACACUGCCAUCAGCGUGCGCGUGCCAGAGGCCGGGGAGGAAACCGUGCGGCUCAUCAUGAACAAGACGCCAUCGGAAUUUUUUGAACUGAAUGGGAGGAGAAUGGGCUUCCCGAGUGUUACGGAGAGGAACAUUGGGAGCUUACAUGAGGUGACGCCAAUGCACCUCCUUGAGGGCGAGGGUGCCAGCCAAUAUAUAUAUACAUAUGUAGACCCUGAGGACCUGGCCGGCGACAAUGCAGAUGACGAAGAUCCGGGACGAGAGGAAAAGGAGGAAGGUUAG